GGAUUUUUCAGAAGAUGUAUAACCCAAGGUAUGACACACAAAUGUGCCAAUGAGGAGAAAUGUGAGAUAACACCAUUCACCAGAAACAGUUGUCAAUACUGCCGGUUAAAGAAAUGCUUCGAGGUUGGAAUGUCCAGAGAAGCAUCACGACUUGGUCGCCGCCCAAAACGCCUCAAAGAAGUCAGCGGAGAGUCAAGUCGAACCCACACCACCAACCUUCCCAUUGCCCCAUACCCCUCCCCCCAGGAGCUAUAUCGCCUGAGGAUGGCUGAGUUACAGAAACUGCUUCAAGCUAACGGAACCUUUAAAGCUGAGUUGAUGCAGGCCUUCCUGUCUGCGGCCCAGCAGAGCUUCCGAGAGCACUCCAAAUCUGGAGGUGGACACUCCCAGUCAUCUAGUUCCACCACAUCAACUACAGGGAACGUGUCGUCUGCCCAGCAGCAAGAUAGUAAUGCUAACAUGAACUCUUCAGUUGCCAGCAAUCAGAGCUACAGUGAUGUCCUCAACCUGGGCAGUCCCUCUUCCUUACAAGCCCCAUCCCCUUUCCCAGAUCUUGGGAUGGCAGAGCUGAGUCCACUGACCUCUGGGUUGAAUUUUAGCAUAGGUCAGUCGUAUGACAGCAAGUUGUUUAGUGGGAACAGUGACAAUUUGAUGGAUAAUUCAGGUGAGUAUAAAACCCGGCGCCUCCUGAUUGCCCAGGUGACAGAUGCUAUUAUAGAGGCACACAUGGCGACCACCAUCAAUACUCACGCUAAUGUGACAGAGGCAAAUGCUAAAAUUAAAAAGAUGAAAGAAUCGCAUGAUAUGCCUGACAUGUCCAAGCUGUCCCUGAGUGCCUCCUCUGUAUGGCAGCAGUUCCUGACCUCCAUGGUGCCAGAGAUCACUAAGGUGGUGAAGUUCUGCAAGAAACUUCCAGGGUUCUCUGAGGUAGAGCAAGAUGACCAGAUUCUGCUGAUUAAACAGGGCACUUUUGAAGUGAUGGUGGCUCGGUUCUCUAUUCUCGUGGACCAUAUAAAUGAGGAGAUGUUUGACCCACUGCUGAAGAUGAAAUCUCCAAGGUAUAUCAUACGGGAGAUGCCUAUUGGCCCGUUUCUAGAUGAAUUCUUCCAAGUGGCGAAAAGGUUCAACCCACUACAUCUAACAGAUGGUGAAAUUGGGCUUUUUACUGCCAUCCUCAUGAUUUGUCCAGACCGAGAGGGCCUGAAGAAUCGUACAGCUAUUCACACAAUUCAGCAGCUCUUUAUGCAGGCACUUUACUUCCAGCUGAAACAGUGCCAUGAAGACGCUGACCACAUUUUCCACUCUCUGAUGAGCAUGAUACCUGUGUUUCGCAAGGUCAGCGACGACCAUGCUAAGUUCUUGAAUAACAUCAAGAUGCGGGCGCCGGACCAGUUUGAGCACUUCCCUCUGCUUCACCAGGAAGUGUUUGAUACAGGCACAUGA